AGAGUAAUUAUCUAACGUUUGACAAAUUAUGGAAAGCAUAAUUCCCUUAAAUGUUGACACCCCAUAGUAAUAGUAAUUACUUUCUACAUUGCCAGGCAUGGGCGUGACUGCAACAAUGGCGAUAAUCACUGCUCUUUGCGGGUUUCGACGAAGACGACCACCUGAUUCAACACCACCUCGUCUGUCAGAGAAACCAGAUAUACAAUCAGAAUUAAUGGAAAAAACCCAAGAAGCAAUAGCAAUAGAAACAGAUGCAAAAACUGGGGAUAAUAAUUCAAAGCAACAAAUGGUGAUCAAGGAAUUGCCUCCUCCGCCCGGGAUGAUGAUGAAAGACGCUCAUUCAUGCAACAAUUUCACGUUAAAGUCCGACUCCACACGAAAACUAGGCACAACCUUGAGCGUAAAAAGCAUAUCGGUGAAUAUUCGGGAUAAAAAAGCUAGACCUAAAGAUGAAGAUUCGAUAUGGAAAAAGACGAUUAUAUUAGGGGGGAAAUGUAAAAUAACAGAUGAUGAUAAUGAUGCUGUUAUCUUUAAUGGCAAGCAUGAUACUGUAUUAGCAUACCAUCCAAGGACUUUAAGUACCAUAUCAUUUUCUAGAACUGGUUCCUUUAAGGAAUCAGAUAAGACAGCUUCAAGAAUGAAUUAA